AUGCCACUAAAUUCAAAGGUUGUUCCUGGGCAAGGACAUAAGGAUGCAGCUGGAUAUAGAAGCACUGUGGACAAUAUUCAAACUUAUGAUUGCGUGUGCAGCCCGUAUGAUGCCCACCGACAAGUGCGACCUUUGAUAAAUGCAUGUUGGUUUUCUGGAUGGUUAAGGUGUGGUAAAUUGAAAGGCAAGCAUUUGCCGGAACGUGUGCUAAGACAAUUUCAACAUGUGCAAGGCAUUCCAAGAAACCCGAGUAUGUUUGCAACGCCGGGAAUGAACUUGUGUGAGAUAGAUCGUGUGUUUACGGAAGAGUUGGAAUUGAGGAUGAUUGAUGAAGCGAUGAGGGGUCAGCCUGUUACUAGCCCGUGGGACACUGGACCUGGAUAUAUGUCAUGGUUUUAUAGAGUGUCGCAUCCAAUUAUGCGACCCGUACAAUCUCCUGAAUCACCACCAAGGCCACCUAAUUUAGAGGUGUUAAUAGAGGCGGCGGAAGCAAGAAAUGACCCUAAUAUAAUGCAAGUUUGCCGGAGUGUCAAGGUUGAGGUCGAAAGGGCAGUUCGCGAUGGUGAGGCGGUGGAAGGAACUCCUAUUCAUGGUACUUUGCAGCGGAUUCUGAAUUUGCUUAAUCUGAUACUUGCGUAUAGGCGAAUUAAGUGGGCGAGGGGGACACGCUACAACACUCGGGGGUAG